CAGCCCGUUCAGUGGCGCUUCGGCCUGCAAACCAUUCGAACGCAGUUUUCCUCCCGUCGUCUGGAUGCGAACCCCUUGCAGGGGGAAGUUGUGCAAGUGAGUGCAAAGUUUGUCAAGUGCAACAAACAGUGCCAAACAAGCGGAUCUGGAUUACUCUCAUUGAGGUGGCGAUUUUACACAUGAGGAAGAUUUUUGAAAAUUGUGUAGAUCGUGAAUUAUUGUUAAGAAAAGUUAAUUGAAAAUAAUAGUGUGCUUAGUGUGUUCUUCAUUAUAACUACGGCUAUAAUCGAUCGGUAAAGAGUAGUGUAAGGCUGCGAAGGAAAAUAAAGUCAGUGAUUUAAAGCCACAAGCAGUGUGAUAAUUUAUGCACUUCUGAAUAAUUUUUCGUAUCGAAGUGAAACGAACUCGAGGCUUAGAUUUUAUCGACUAUGCGAGCAUUCCUUCAAUUCUUCUAGUUCCGUCGUUGCACGUUUGCUGUAGUCUGUGAUUCACCAGUGCCAACAGAGCCACGGUCUGAUUUUGACUACUAUCGACACCGCUGUCGCCGUCUACAUCACCAUUUUCUUCGAUUUUUCUUCCGAAAAGCCGUCCGUGUAUACUCGCCAGCACACCCGCCAGACGGAACCGCAUGAAAAUAUUUGCACUUGGAUUGUUUGAUUUAAUCAGCACAACAACAAAAAAAUGGGAAACAUUUUCAUGCUGCUGUUGGGGUUUUGCCUGAUCCAUCUGGACAGAGUUCACGCGUCCUGGGGCACACCAACUAGCAACCAGUAUCACAUCCAAACAGACGAAGGACCUGAGCGGUAUUUUAAAUACCAAACUGACAAUGGCCAGUAUAGGAAGGAAAAGCGUCUCCAGGAUGGCACAGUUAUUGGAACUGAUGCCUGGAUUGAUGCCUCCGGGUAUCUUCGCCAGAAAGAUUACAUCGCUGAUGACAAGGGCUAUCGGAUAUUGAAAUCCAAAACGGUAUAUGUUGGCAGCGAUAUGCCGAUUCAGGACGCCAUGAAAUCCGUCAAGAAUCGGCCGGCUAACUCUGGAGUUUUAGUUGCCCAGAGUCCAGCUUACCCGCGUCCGCAAGUACCACGUCCUCAACCGGUCGGUGUUUCACCCACACCACCGGCUCCGAUAGCACCACCAGUAUACAAAACGGGUCUUAAGACCGUUUACGUUAGGCCCCACUCGCAGCCAGUUCACACAAACUAUCUGCCUGCAAACAUUGCAAACGAUCAAUAUUUGCCGCCUAGCAGACAUUACGCUUCGAGUACGCCAAGGCCUAAUGCUUUUCUACCAUCCAGUACGCCGUACUCUCCGCUUGCAGGAAACGAAAUUUCUUCCACGCCGAUUGCUAUUUACGCUACAGCUUCCACGCCAUCCCCGCUAAGCGACGGUUCUGAAGCUCAUCUGCCGCAACUAGUAAUCUACAACAGCGACUCAAGACGACCGAAUGAAUACGAAAAUCUGACCCCUAGACCCGACUAUUCGCUUAAUUACAAACCAAGUAACGAUUUACUACCCCCCAAGCAACACUUCAUCCGGCUAUUCCCAGUAUCAACUGCCUUCCCGCACAGACGUCGAUUCCAGCAGGAACGAAGACGGCCUCCAUAUGUGGAACCCAUUUCCAUUACCUCAGCAGCACCCUUCAUUGAAAGCGCGACACCAUCCCCAAAACCACUGGUUAUCCCAAUAUCCGAUAACAAUCUCGAAUAUCAACCAACCUUCAAUCGGGAUCUCCUGGAACCGCCACCGAACUACCAAAGCUAUCAACCUACUCGCCGAGAGGAUCACGUGUACGACGGAGUAUCAGUAACGAAUGAUGGUUUUCGCUAUUAUCUUCCCCGUCAGUAUCACGAGGAAACCAACUCCGGAAGUUCGUCCCGGGAAGGUAGCUUCGGCUAUAUCGAUCCGUUCGGUAUUCGAAGGGUUGUGUACUACAACACGGGACCCGAGAAAGGAUUCGUGCAUCGGAAGAAUAACCGCUUUGUGGGUUUCAACGCCACUCCGUACGACCCACGACCGCUGUAAGAAGUGGGCGGCAAGAAAGCCCACUGCAAAUCGCCCGCUGCCACCUUUCAAUCGCCAAGUUUUUACGCUUCCAUUAACUUAUUUAUUAGCACUAGUUCUGCCUACGACGAAACCGAGUGGGCAUUCGCGAUAGUAGAUUUAGAUGAAGAACGAUUUCAGUUUGAUUGGAACUUGUAAUGACGUGUGUGUGUUACGGUGGCGGUCAACUCUCUGCACCGAAGGUGCGCGGGGGCGACCUCAUUUGAAGUUAAGUGUUUGCUCUGCCCCACCCCCCUCGGUCGAAGUAGAGCAGGGCUUUGGAAGAAAAAAAAGUUUGUCCCCGUCUUUGUUGACCUCCAGCAGAACACGCACGCGAGUUGAUGGUUGGAGAGCUGUCGUCAGUGCCGUCGUCAUUCAGACAGAACAAAACUAAGGAGCGAAAGCGGUUUGGGCAGCACCGUGCGUACGCAACUACAACUAGCCAGAAGCGAGAUUUAGUCACACUUUUACACGAUUGCUGGCGCCUUUUUGCUGCCGACUGCUCUGCUCAAGGCUUUCGGGGAACGCUUACUUCCAUCAAAGCCGGUUUACACCGACAAUAUGGAGCGAUUUAAUAAGUGCACUUCAUCCGGUACGGCACCGCCGAAAAAAAAUUAUAAUUGAGGGUGCAGAUCAGCAGCCACGCUCGACAGAGAGGAAUGACUUGAAACUCGUAUGCAAUGGUUGCAAAUUGAAUUUAAACAAACAUACGCGCGCUCUAGUCACCGUCACCACUAUGCGGUGACCUUCGAGCUAAUUACAAGGCUACUUAAAUUUUAGGUGAAAUUCAUUUUGUACAAUCUGCGUUAUUGUUAUUCAGCUCCCUUGAACCUGUUUUUAAUGGAUUGUACACUUUAUUCCAUAAUUUGAGAGGUAUUCAGUAGGUUUAUUGUUGAAAAAUUGAUUUUUUACUGCAGUCUGCGGUUGAAAAAUUUUUAACGGACAAAAGUUUUUUUGAAAUUUAUGUCUUUAAUCCCAAAAUAUGUUAUUCAUUUCUAUACAUUUUUAUUUGCGAUGGGGAUCCACAUUAUGUUUAAAAGGAAAAAUUUUUUGUGUAUAAAUAAUUAUCCCUUAAAUCUCAGUUUCGUAUAUCAAAUUUGGCAAAAUAAGGAAUAUAUUAAUUUCUGAUGCUUCUUUAACAGCUUAUGUCACAUUUAAACAAAAUCUGAAUCUAUUUUUGAUUUCCAAACAACUCUGUGAGCAUUUUUUUAAAAUAUUAUUCUAAGCGUACUCGUUUAUCGUGGUUAUCCACAAAUCAAGCCAUUUUUCGAUGAAAUGCUGAUCAGCAAGGCCAUGUGCCAUCGAAAGGACCAAGUAAUAUUCAGCAUGACCAGGCUUUGGGUUGCUUUACAUAGUAAGGAACUCAACUAACUAGAGUAACUCCUAAUGGUCCUAAUACCAGAACAAGCUGUUCUUGCGUUUGGCAUGGGUUCUCAUCGAGCAACUCCUCCGACUCAGCGUCUUCGAAGGUUUUGACCUUUCUUCACACGAACAGUCGUCAACAAUGGAGACUACCGCCUUCAAAGCAAUGGACCCAAUUACGGCACGUUUUUUCAUCUAGAGCAGUAUUUCGAAAAAGAAAUUGUCUCUCGAUGCGCUUCAGUCACUUUUUUUUCUUUUCGUGUUCCUUAUGGGUCCUACAACAACUGUGUGACUUUUCAGAUCGAUCGGUGGAACCUCAUUUUUGUGCCUGAUUUUUCAAGUUCAAGUUAUUCUCGUGAGAUGUCCAGUUGCCUUUAAAAAUCAAUCGUUAGAUGAUAUUUGCUGGAAAUAUUCCUGGGAACAAAAUACUACUGCUGCAGUAUGCUACUGUUACAAACUCACCCACGUAAUAAGAAUCAAUUACGCGUGAAAAAUAGUUUGAAAGCUUUUCCGAAGAUACUACGAGCCAAAAGUCACGUAGAUAAGUUUGCAACAACAGAAUGCUGUGGCAGUGUUGCUGGAAACACUCAAUGUUAAGCCGUUCUGAUAUUCAAUCAAUUUGAAGUAGGGGUAAACAGGGUAAGACCGCCCUGCGGGGUAAGACCGCCCACCGUAGUUUUACUACCAAGUUAUAAAAUAAUUGAAAAAUUUCUUUAACGUGUCUAUUACAGUACAAUUACAUAGCAUUUUGCACGUUUUUCUGUUUUGAUAGUGCGCGAACGGUCGCAGAAAUAAAUAAAAACAACCUUUCAGCUGGCAACCAGUCAAUGCGCUAUUGUUUUUCGGCAACGGGACUUAAGGUUUUUGAGUCUAAAAAUCAACUGUUUUGUUCGUGAAAAUACGUUUAAUCGCUUGCCUGAAUCUAUCUUCUUUCGGAAAUAUCGAAGGCCGUGAGUAAUCUUGUAAUUUUGACUACUUUUUCGGUCAAAUAUGAAAAUGUUCCACUGGGGGUAAAGUCGCCCACUAUACAAGGGGUAAAACCGCCACGUAUGCAACUGCUUGUUGUUUUACUUCAAGACCCAAAUGCCUCGACACUACAAAGGGAAUAUUUACAGGAUCAGUAAAGCAACUUCAAGCCACAUAAGACAUCGAUGUUAACCGACCAUUUUCGAUUUGGUUGAAGCUUUUCUAGUAAUAAAUUUUAACAAGACUUAUUUUUGAAAAAAGUAAACCUGUUUGAAAAUGGUGUUAAUGAACCAAAAUAAUUUCAGAGCCAGGACGGUUUGUUUGAUUGGUAUGACGUCUCCGGCAGAAUUGAAAAUAGUAGUUUUUUACUUCCGAAAAAAGUACACACUCUAAAAAAAUUUAAAGAAAAGAUAU